AUGCAAAUUAAUGAGGCUAAAAAAGAGGGCGGUGCCCAGCGCCGAUUGACCGUGGCUGAUUGGCCUUUCGAGAGGCGCAGUCCCCGCCUCUCCGCUUGGAAAGCGGGCGUUGAUUGGCUGCUCGCCCUCCAUUCGCUGAUUGGACGGUCGGGAUACAAUCCCCGCCUCCCCGCUGAGGAACUCAGGGCUUUGAUUGGCAGCUCAUUGGUUGUCCCUGUCGCUGAUUGGUCGGCGGGCUCCCGCGCGGCGGCAGCGGCAAGAUGGCGGAGCGAGCGGAGGCGGCGGCCGGAGCGGGGCCGGGGAACGGGGCCGGUAACGGGCCCGGGGGGGCCGGGGGAGCUGUCCCCGUACUCGGGCUGGGCCCCGGCCGAGCUGCAGGCGACACUGGCCGGGAUCGGAGCCCCCGCGCAGGGGUCUCGGGAGGAGCUGCUGGAGCGGCUGCAGAACUACACGCUGCAGACCAGGAUCGUGUUGAGUCGCCCUGUGCUGCGCCCUGAGGACGGGGACAAGGGGACAGGUGGGGCACCAUUUGGGGACAAGAGCAAAGAGCAGGAGCUGCUGGAGCAGCAGAAACGGGCGGCCGUUCUGCUGGAGCAGGAGCGCCAACAGGAACUGGCCAAACUGGCCCCCCCACUGGCCCGGCCCCCCCCCGAGGGAGCACCCAUGGGUGCCCGUGCCGCCCUGCCCCCCCGCGGUGAGUCACCCCCACCCCCCCCCAUGCCCUUUGUCACCCCCCUGGUGACAUUUGUCUGUAACUGUUCCCUUCUGUCUCCCCCCACAGGCAGCACCCCCAUGGGUGCCCCCCCACCCAUGGGUGCCCCCCGGCCCCGUGGGCCCCCACCACCCCCCGGCGAGGAGAACAGAGAGGUGGGUGCUCCCGGAUGCGGCCCCCGCAUCCCUCAGGCCCUGGAGAAGAUUCUGCAGCUCAAGGAGAGUCGGCAAGAGGAGCUGGUCAGCGGCCCCCCCGCCCCUGCCGAUGACGAGAUGGAGACGGAGCCACGAGUGACCGAGAGCGAAGAUGAGACGGGGGGGGCCAAGAAAGAGCGAACCCGCAAGCGCCGCAACCGCAAGAAGAAGAAGAAGCCGCAGCGGGGGAGGGGCCGCCCCUCCCCCCCCCCCCACCCCAACCCCCACCCAGGGGGACCCCGACCCCCCCCCGGAGUCGAAUACAUCACCGAGGAGCCCCAAAUUUUCGACCCCAAUUUUGUCUUUUUUAAGAGGAUUUUUGAGGCUUUUAAGUUGACAGACGAGGUGAAGAAGGACAAGGAGAAGGAGCCGGACAAAGGGGACAGACCCGAAAGUGCCACCGUCCCCAAGAAGAAGGGACAGGACGAGGGACAACGGGGCAGCGGGGAGGAGAGUGACGAGGAUGAGCAGGAGAAGAAGCCCGAGGUCCCCAAACUGUCCAAGAAGAAGCUGCGGCGCAUGAACCGCUUCACGGUGGCCGAGCUCAAGCAGCUGGUGGCCCGGCCGGACGUGGUGGAGAUGCACGACGUGACGGCGCAGGACCCCAAGCUGCUGGUGCACCUUAAGGCCACCAGGAACAGCGUCCCCGUGCCGCGCCACUGGUGCUUCAAGCGCAAGUACCUGCAGGGCAAGCGCGGCAUCGAGAAGCCGCCCUUCGAGCUGCCCGACUUCAUCAAGAGAACCGGCAUCCAGGAGAUGCGCGAGGCCCUGCAGGAGAAGGAGGAGCAGAAGACCCUCAAGUCCAAGAUGCGGGAGAAGGUCCGGCCCAAGUUGGGCAAGAUCGACAUCGAUUACCAGAAGCUGCACGACGCCUUCUUCAAAUGGCAGAGCAAACCCCGCCUCACCAUCCACGGGGACCUCUACUAUGAGGGGAAGGAGUUUGAGACACGGUUGAAGGAGAAGAAACCGGGAGACCUGUCGGACGAGCUGCGGAUCGCCCUUGGGAUGCCCGUGGGGCCUAACGCACACAAGGUGCCCCCCCCGUGGCUGAUCGCCAUGCAGCGCUAUGGCCCCCCCCCCUCCUACCCCAACCUCAAGAUCCCAGGGCUCAACUCGCCCAUCCCGGAGGGCUGUUCGUUCGGGUACCACGCGGGGGGGUGGGGAAAACCCCCCGUGGACGAGACGGGGAAACCGCUGUAUGGAGACGUCUUCGGCACCAACGCCGCCGAGUUCCAGACCAAGGAGGAGGAGGAGGAGAUCGACCGGACGCCCUGGGGGGAGCUGGAGCCGUCGGACGAGGAAUCGUCGGAGGAGGAAGAGGAGGAGGAGAGCGACGAAGAGAAACCCGACGAGACCGGCUUCAUCACCCCGGCCGACAGCGGUCUGAUCACCCCGGGGGGGUUCUCGUCGGUGCCCGCGGGGAUGGAGACCCCGGAACUCAUCGAGCUGAGGAAGAAGAAGAUCGAGGAGGCCAUGGACGGCAGUGAGACCCCCCAACUGUUCACCGUGGUCCCCGAGAAGCGAACGGCCACUGUGGGGGGGGCCAUGAUGGGCUCCACCCACAUCUACGACAUGUCAGCGGUGCUGGGGCGCAAGGGGCCGGUCCCCGAGGCGCAGGGGGUGGAGGUGGCGCUGGCCCCCGAGGAGCUGGAGCUGGACCCCUCGGCCAUGACGCAGAAGUACGAGGAGCACGUGCGCGAGCAGCAGGCGCAGGUGGAGAAGGAGGACUUCAGCGACAUGGUGGCCGAGCACGCCGCCAAGCAGAAGCAGAAGAAGCGCAAGGCUCAGCCCCAGGACGCCCGGGGGGGCGGGAAGAAAUACAAGGAGUUCAAGUUCUAGCGCGGGGUCACGGCCAAGGUCAAGGUCACCGACUGUCACCCGUCCCCUCUGCCCCCUCCUGUCCCCUCCCCCUCCCCCCCGCACCCGGGGCCGCGGGUUGGGGACAUCGUGCUGUCACCCUCCCCUCCCCCUUGUUUUGUAAAUAAAAGCUGGUGUCCCCACCGCC